UGUUAAUAUUAAGAGAUAUUUGAUGUUUUAAUAAAUAUACUGUCGAACAAGAAGAAGAUUACAAAGAAGGAGAGAAGGAAACUAAGAAACGAAUAUUUGAAUUUUAUCGAUCGUAGAUCUGAUUAUUGAUUUAAUAUACCUAAGCAAAGAAAGAAACUGAAUUCCUAUUGCAAACGCUGAUAACGAAAAUAUUGUAGAAGCAAAAGAAAGAAUACAAUUUAAAAAGAAGAGAAAGAGAAAUUAUAUGUAGAUGUUGAUAAUGUAAUUGUAUAGUUGUAUGAAACGUUUGGUGUCCAUGGGGUCCACAUUUAAAGAGAUUAUCAAGCAAAGAUAAGCUUGUUUUUAUUGUUAUCGCUGAAAAUAACGGAAGGGAAGAAAUAUUCGCAAGGGAAGCGAGAAGAAAUUUUGGAAAGGAGAGGAAUACCGAAGACAAGAGUAAGCUUCCGAAUAUUUUUACGGAGGGGAGAAUGUCGCUCUGAAUCGCUUAACUAAGGGCCGCCAAAAUGAAUCUGGAAGUGGAACUUAUCGCUGGGGUGGUUAAGGGUGGACCACCCCCGAAAAACUUGCCCGCGCCGAGGCUCAUUAAAAUCUUCAUCGCUGGAGAACGGAAUGAAUUUAUAGAAGAAAGAAAGCAGUUAUUGGAACUUGUCGGUCCUGAAUUGCAAUCGAUUUAUGACGACAUGGGAAUCGAGGUUCUGUUGGUGGAUAUGCAAUAUGCAACGAACGUAAAUCCUGAUAGAAAUCCAUUCUUAGCCGAAUAUUUUUUGGACGAAAUUCACGCCGCUUAUCAACACUCGAGAGGCUGUUUCCUGUUGGAGUACUAUGAGCGGGACAGUGAUUGCUACGUCUUAAAAGCUGGCAGAUUAGGAACUGCAAAAGACAGUUGGCACAGCUGUGAACCAGCAAUAAGGGAAGCGUUGAAGAAGGCUGCAGAGUCCGCGAUUUCCGAGAAAUGUGAUAACGAAGAAAUUAGGAAUAUAUUGAAGAGUACCGCGGAAAGACAGCUGGAACAUGCCUUAAAGCUAGAUGAAACGGGCGAGGGCGUGAUAGCGGUGACGCGUUCAUGGAAAGGCAAAAAGAGUCCGAAAGCGGUGGCUUCGUUGAAAUCCCUGGUGAACAGUCGUCUGCCUAUCGAAAACGUGAUUAACGUCGAAGUGGAGCAGAAGACCGGCGGCAUUAAUCCUGAGAACAAGACGCACAAAGGUUAUCUGGCACAUAUUUGUCGUUUGGUGGUGAACCGUGUGCAGACUCUGGUGAACGCCUCCAUCGAGGCUGACCCGGAGAUCAAAAGCAAGAAAAAGAUGGUGCAGGAGGUUUAUGCUGAGAGUCUGAUGCAUCUGGCGUUGCUCAGAGAGAUCAAGCCUAGCGAAGACAACGAACAUAUCGAGCGGAUCAAGGAGAUGUUGAUAGCCGGUAAAACUCAGAAACACAAUCCGAUAGUCAUAAAGGGCAGCAAGUACUCUGGAAAGUCGUCGUUAUUGUCAAGAAUUUACACGGAUGUCUCCUCCUGGUUGGACAGCGCCACUUUCAAAGUAGUCCGCCUCUGUGCUUCAACUCCCCGAUCAGCGUAUAGGCUCGAGCUGCUUCGAGUGCUCUGUCAACAUGUCGGUUUCCUUGCCGGCUUAUUGGACGGCAACUUACCUAAAGACGCGUCGUUCGAUCCUCUGUACGUGAACAAUUGGUUGGGUCAAAUUAUGAGACGAAUCGAGGAGGAGCCGAUGAAGGAACAACUGGUGAUCUUCCUCGACGAUCUUCAUCGGCUGCAUUCUCUCGAUUGCGACAUGCACGCCGCUUUGUCGGGGUUGCCGUGGAAUUUACCACCAGGUGUGCAUUUGGUAGUAACGACACUUGUUAAUCCGGAAUUACAACGGCUCACUCCGCUGCAGAAGGAAAGGCAGAAGGAAAUUUUACUCGAGCCUCCAGACUCGGUUUCCACCGUGCCCGAGAAAUCGUUGCCAUCGUCACAAAUUUUCGACACGCUGAAGAGUUUGAUAGGCGAGCGUGCGGCUAACAGAAUCGGCGCGAUCUUGGCUUCCACGGAGUACGGUUUGUCGGAAACUGAAAUCCUCGAGGUAAUUAUGCCAACUGGUGGCGAUGGACCCUUGUUUCUCGACGAGGGACAGUUCAACUUUGCAACUUGGUGCUUGGUUAGAAGAACUCUCAGCGAAUAUUUGAAGGUUCGUGUAAUGAGCGGAAGGCUACUCUUCUCCUGGCGAUAUCCAAUUCGCGAUCUAGCUUGCAAGAGGUACUUCCCCGACCAAAAAACUUUAAAAAGCUACCACGGAGAGCUCGCAAAUCUCUUCUUCUCGGAGGACUUCGAGGACAAAGACGACAAACCACCUCCUGAAGAGGAGACUCCGAAGAAAGAGACGCCUUUCCAGAGCAGACCCAGGUCGCAAGACACGGCCUACAAUUUGAGACACGUCGAGGAAGCCUGGCUGACUCUGCUGCGUGCCGGAGACGUGGAGAAACUUAAGAAACUGGCAGUUUGUGCGUUCGAUUUCCUCCUGGCUGCUGUGCAAAUGAUCUCUGUGAGCUACCUGAGGUGUGUCCUCGAAUACUCGAGGAAAUAUCUGCUCGAGAGGGACUUGGAAUUGGUGUAUUACACGGUGAGGAAGUCCAGCGAUAUCUUGACCAGGGAUCCUCUUCAACUUGGGGCGCAGUUGAUCUGUUGGCUGAGACCUGUAGCCGAAGAUGGUGGCGAUUUGGUGAAUUUUUCAUUUAAGGUUAGCAGAAUGGUAACAGCAGCAAUGGCGUGGUGCGAUGGCUACACGGCGCCAUUAUUGGUACCGCUGAACGGAUGGCUUCAGCCACCUCUACCUCUUCAAAUUCGCAAUUUAGUCUGUUCACCAAGUGUGAAUCUCGUUGAACCUACUCCUUCUGGGCAGCACGUCAUUGUUGUCCCUUUCCAAGAAGAUGCUCAGCUUUGGCACGUGAUGUCUGGACAGUUGGUUCAUACUUUCACAGGACACACGAGUCCAAUCUCGUGCUUAGCAGUGAUGCAACACUCUCAGUAUCUACUGACAGGCUCGAAGGACACUUCGAUUAUAGUCUGGGACCUGAAAAACUUGACCCUGAAGCUCAAAAUUCAAGAACACAUCGCCCCAGUUCUGUGCUUGACGUCUGCGCUCAAGAAUUCUGUGAUUGUCAGUGGAGGUGAGGACGCGAGGAUCAUCGUGACGAGUUUAACAGGCGACGUCCACAUCAAAGUGGAUCAUCAUAGGGGUCCAGUGAACUCCAUUUGUGUCGAUUCUGCCGGUGAAAUCCUCGUCUCUGGCUCGUCAGACCGCACCGUUUGUUUAUGGUGUCUCGUGAAGUUCGAGUUGCUGAAAAGCAUCGUGUUGCCUACCGCGGUGACGAUGCUCGACGUGUCGUCGGAUUCUAUGUUCCUGUUGGUGGCCUGCAAGGACCAAAAGCUGUAUCUGAGGUCUCUGGCGACAGGAACUGAGAUUCACACGUUGAGAGGGCAUCAAGGAGACGUGAAGAGUAUAUGUCUGGCGAAGGAUUGCAGAAGAGCGAUCGCCGGAGGUGUGAAGGGCAGGGUUUCCGUUUUCGACACGCACAGCGGCAGGCUGACGAAGAAUCUGCUCGCGAAUCCUUCGAUGGACGUUACUGCUGUCAAAGUGACAGAGAAAGACGACUUCCUGAUAACCGGAUGCGGUAAUCAAGUGAUUUAUUGGAGCUUCCGUGGCGAAGAUCCGCACUUUAAACCCCAAAAAUCCAGCAGACAGAAAUCCUUGCACCCGCACACUGCUCCUAUUUCUUGUUUGGAUAUAUCCAGAGACGGAGUAAUGGCUGUUACCGGCGGAGUCGAUUCUCUCGUUAAUCUCUGGCAACUGAACACGCACGAGUUGCUAUCAACGUUUGAGGGACACAUCGCCAGCGUGACCUGUAUCGCGUUCUCAGCUUCCGGUUUAUUCGUCGCUUCUGGUUCCGAGGACAAGACAGUUCGUGUUUGGGGCCUGACCUUAGGUCUAGUGGUAGCGACGGUUAAACACCAGGCACCGGUUACUGCAGUCACCGCCAUGUUGGAUGGUAGAAGGAUAGUCAGUUCUGACAGGUCUGGUGUGAUUAGAAUCUGGGCAGCUGACACUGGCGUUCUGAUUCAGUCAAUAUGUGUGCCUGGUCGUUGUUUCACAGUUUCUGCCGACAUGAGAUUUGCAGUAUGUGGAACAGGAGACAAUCAAUUAAGAAUAGUACAUCUGGGGGUUGGACGUAAGGAGAUGUAUCAAGUGUACCAUUCUCAAGAAAUUACUUGUUUAGUCGUCACGCCGGAUUCUCGAUCAUUGAUCACGGGUUCGAAGGACAGUUUGAAAGUUUGGCGACUUCCUGGUGGUCUGUUGUCACAGGCCCUCGUCGGUCACACGGACCACGUUACCUGCGUCGCAGUUUCCGUCCUGGACAAGUCUAUCGUGGUCUCCGGCUCCAGAGACGCGAACCUGAUCGUCUGGGACAUCAACACCGGUAACGAUCUCCACACUCUGAAAGGCCAUUUAGACUGCAUAACUUGCGUGAAACUGUCGGGCGACGGAAGUCUCGCAGCUUCUGGAAGCGAGGACAAGAGUCUGAUCGUCUGGGACACGAAAAAGGGCUGUUCCCUCAGUAGCAUCAUGCUGCACGUUCCUAUUUUGGGCAUGGAGAUGGCCACUGAUCUCUCGAGGAUCGCGUUACACCUACUCGAGCAGAAAUGCAUGCCGAUUCUCUGUUUGCACAAUACUCCGGCGGAGUACGUGAAAUUGCCCUAUUACGUGGCGCCCUUAUGCGACACCACGUGGACAGAACCAGGGCCCAAGAGGCCUCACAAGAGGUUGCUGAAGAAAGAAGUGUCGUUGGACAGUGACACGUGGCGCAGGAAAUACGGGCAUCUUACUUCAGGAAUGUUAACAUCGUCCGUGGAAGACGGUUUACAACGACGAUUCAGUGUGAGCGCAUCAAUGGACGAGAUCAGUAAAGUCGGAUUAACGAGUAGCCCGUCGAUAGGGCCGGAACAGGCUGCGCUCGCUCAGUUGCAACAUUUCAAUCAACUCGAGGCACUUUGGAACAAAGAAUCGCCACCGGCGAGACCGCGUGGUCACGGUAGAACCCUGUCGAAGCAAAGUUCGUUGCAAGCCACGCUAUUAUUCGAUUCCGAGGAGGAGGGUGAGUAUUUAGAAGAGGAGGUUACGUGA